AUGUCCCGCCCACGCGCGGACGUGCUCAGUGUUAUUACUGCGGUUUUUUAUGCCUCAGCUGCUAUAGCUUCGCAAGAUGUCACUGAUAGCUUCGAUGUAUUGGAUUAUGUCGAUCCCUUUAUUGGAACCGCGAAUGGAGGCCACGUCUUUGCAGGCGCAACACUGCCAUUUGGUAUGGCCAAAGCUGUUGCCGAUACGGUAGGAGAGAACCAGGCUGGCUUUGCAUACGACGACACGACUGUCACUGGUUUCUCACAUAUGCACGACUCUGGCACAGGUGGUUCGCCGUCUUUGGGAAAUUUCCCCAUAUUUGCCCAGCCUGCCUGUCCGCAUGAUGAUAUCAACCAAUGUGUCUGGCAACAAUCUGACAGAGCGGUGGCCUGGCUGGAAAAUGAUAAGUCUCCUAUGGCUCGGCCCGGGUACUUUGGUAUCUCAUUAGAGAAUGGAGUAUAUGCAGAAAUGACGACCACCAACCGGUCGGCUUUGUAUAGAUUCACAUUUGAACAAUCUUCCAACACAUCGAGCCCUGUGAUUCUAGUGGAUUUGAUGGAUCUCCCACAGUCUCGAACCAAUGGAACGGCAGUUGUGGACAGAUCAACCGGACGGCUAAGCGGAAAUGGCACCUUUAGUCCCAGCUUCGGCAUUGGAAGCUAUGAUUUGCAUUUCUGCGUUGAUUUCAAAGGCGCGAAUCUCCGUGACACGGGUGUCUGGACUAAAAACCGCGCGAACUUCAGCCAAGAAUUUGUUUCAAUGCUAGCUGACGGCACAAAUACCCCGGAUACUCUAUCAGGGGGUACGUUUGCCAGGUUCCACGCUCCCCAAAACAACACCAUUUUGGCGCGUGUUGGUGUAAGCUUCAUUAGUGUCAACCAAGCAUGUGAAAACGCCGAGAAGGAACAGCCCGACUUCGACUUUGAUGGGACGGUGGCAGUAGCUGAAGAUGCUUGGAGAAAGAAGUUGAAUGUUGUCUCCAUCGAUGCAGAGGGAGUUUCGAAAGAUCUACAGACGGUCUUCUGGAGCGGAGCUUACCGGGCCUUCAUCAGUCCCCAGGACUACACAGGUGAAAACCCUCUCUGGAAGAGCGAUGAGCCAUACUAUGACAGUUAUUACUGCAUUUGGGACUCUUAUCGCAGCAUUCACCCACUCUUGACCAUGGUCGAUCCCGUUUCGCAGUCCCUUAUGAUGCGCAGUCUUGUGGACAUCUAUCGACACGAAGGCUAUCUCCCUGACUGUCGCAUGUCCCUGUGCAAGGGCUUUACCCAGGGAGGCUCUAAUGCAGAUGUCGUCUUGGCGGACGCCUAUCUGAAGAAGGUUCCUGGAAUCGACUGGGAAACCGCCUAUGAAGCUGUUGUGAAAGAUGCCGAAGUUGAGCCUAAAAACUGGAAUGUGGAGGGACGCGGUGGCUUACAGAGCUGGAAGAGCCUCGGAUACAUUCCAUUCGACGAUUAUGAUCCCUAUGGAGUGGGCACGCAUACUCGCAGCGUAUCGCGAACAGUUGAGUACGCAUACAACGACUUUUGCAUCGCUGAGAUGGCCAAAGGAUUGGGGCAUUCAGCCGACCACGAUAAAUACGUCGCGCGUUCUGGAAAUUGGGACAAUGUUUUCAAAGCAGACCAGAAGUCCAGCAUUAAUGGAGUCGAUACUGGCUUCACUGGCUUCCUGCAGCCUCGCUAUACCAACGGUACUUGGGGCUACCAGAAUCCCAUCUUUUGCAGCCCUCUUCUGAACUUUACGUCGUGCUACCUGAACCCUACUGGCCAUGAGACGUACGAGGGAAGCGCUUGGCUGUAUACUUUCUAUGCUCCGCACGACAUGGGAGCAUUAGUUCAGAGUCUCGGCGGAAUGGAAAGUUUUACCUCUCGACUACAAUUCUUCCAUGAGUCUGGACUUCUGUACGUGGGCGAUGAGCAGUCCUUCCUUACUGUCUUCCAGUUCCACUACUCUGGACGUCCAGCGCUGUCUGCCAAGUACAGUCACUCCUACAUCCCAUCUCAGUUCAACACUACCGUUGAAGGCAUUGCCGGUAAUGAUGAUAGUGGAGCCAUGGGAUCCUUCGUUGUCUUAAGCAUGAUGGGCCUUUGGCCGGUUCCAGGUCAGGAUGUUUAUCUUAUCACUCCGCCAUACUUCAGGGAGGUCAACGUUACAAAUGGCAUCACUGGCAAGGUUGCGACAAUCCGGAGCAUGAACUUUGACUCUAAUUAUGAGUCCAUCUACAUUCAGAGUGUGACAUGGAAUGGGAAACCCUGGACGAAGAAUUGGGUUACUCAUGACUUCUUUACGGAAGGUGGAGUUCUUGAACUGGAGCUGGGCGCGAUAGAGAGUAAGUGGGGAACAAGCAUUGAAGACCUGCCCCCUAGUCUGUCAGAUUACCACAAUUAG